AAUGAGUGGUCAUGCUUCCAUUAUACAAGCUCUGUUGACCUGCUCCAUUCUGGAAAUGAGCAUUUCCAGCACUAAAGCACUAAAUCCCACCAUGCAAGGAAUGAAUCCCCUGAUGCUUGGGAAGCAUCAGCUACUGCCUUAUGGACAAUACCUGGUGUUCUGCAUUGGAGCCCAUGGGCCUCAGGACAUACCUUUAUUGGUGCCUGCUCCCUGUUCUUUAUUUUAUCUCAUUUUUUAAAAAACAUUAAAAGCUGGAAAGCUGACAAAGUACAAAGUGAAGCACUAGCUUGCAGCACCAUCUUUAUUUUGCAGAAUGCUUAUGGGUAUUAGGUGGCAUUCUUGUCCAAGUUACUUGUCUCAGAGCCUUAUGAGUUUGUGCAGAAAACUGUGGAUUUGAAAGACUGAUUUUUUUCUUCAGUAAAUUCCUUUUCGUUUAGCCUUACUUAACUUGCCAUCUAGGAAAUGGGAGUCUGGUGAUUGUCCAUAUCCACCACGGCAGUCAUUCCUUGCCAUUUCUUAAAUGACCAAACCCCUCCAUAUGGCAGCUGUUUUGUGAGCAUGAAGCAAUCUCUCAAAAGUCAAGAUGUUCCCAUCACUGGCCUAAAAAAAAGCAGGCACAUCUGGAAUUUCCUGGAAUUCCUGAGUUAUACAAAACAGCUUUAUCCAAACACAGCAGCAAAAUGCACCAAGGCAUGGGUUCUUCCCUAUGUUACAUACAGUAAUCAAUGUUUUAUUACAAGUUUUUCACUAAAUGCAAUUUAUUUGGGACAGAGUUGUUGCAUAUUUCUUUCUCUGCAGUAGCAAAACCAAUGCCCAACUGUGGGUUUUAAGAACAUCACUUAAACACUUUAUGAAAAAGUAUUUGCUUACUUUUGUGUGUGUUUGUACUCACCUGUCUUUCCAUUUCCUGUUCCCACAAAGCAUCUUAUGCUAUGAUCUCCUUCAACAACUCCUUAGGUAAAGUAUCUUUUUGCACAGAAAAGAAAAGAAAUCCCCAUUUUAUUUUAAUAAUAAGCAAAGUAGUCCUAAACCAAAAUUGAAGUCCAGUCAGACCAGACAAACAACACAGGUCUUCGUGUAUCCUAAAUAACCUCAUAGAGAGCAUACAGGAAGAAAAAUUAAUGACUAUUCAUUUAGUCAUUUCCUUGAAGAACUGGCUUGUUUUACUUCUGUUGAAACAUUAUUCCUGGAAUACAAUGUGUCAGCACAAUCUUGUGUAUUAGCUAUGUACAUGUGUACCCAACCCAGUGAAAUUUUAAGUGUGACGUUGGGUUGCUGGGCAUCGCUCGCAAUCUGGCCUUCCUUAUUGCUUGCCCUGAUGGAGCAACCUCUGUUGCAGCAGCCGCUGUGUUGCCUUGCAGCACUGCUCUUGCCACCACUGGGAGGAACUCUAGAUUGAGGAAGUGCCCUGGGGAAGAGGGUGUCUGCCCCUAACCCCUUGGAGAGCCUGGCUUUGAAUUCAGCCUGUGCACCUGACACGUGGGCUUUAUUAAUGAAGAUAUAUCAACUCUCCUGCAAUUAUCUAACAGGACGAAGUCUCUUGACUGUGUUUUUAACAGUGUGGCUGCUCUUGCUGCUGAAACUUCUCAAGCAACUGUUAUUCCUUCACAGAGAUAUUUACUUUGUAGAGCCCUUCUUAAGCACCUCAUCAUUUGUGAGAAACAAGUACUCCCAGUUCAGAAAAGAUGCUCUGUAUGAUAUUAAUUGUUCCUCUAUAUAUGAUCAGGAGCCAGUGGAGAUUGGAAAGACUUUAGAGAUAAAGAGAAAAGAGAUUAUUGAUUUAGAUGAUGAAGAUGUUGUAGCAAUGACUAGUGACUGUCAAGCAUACCGUACAAUGAGAGGAUAUUCUCUAAAGCCCAUUUCCCUGGAAGAGGAAAAUUUCCCAUUAGCUUACUCUUUGGUUGUUCACAAAGAUGCCAUAAUGGUUGAGAGGCUUAUCUAUACAAUAUACAGUAGUCAAAAUGUUUACUGUAUCCACUAUGACCAAAAGUCAUCUAGCACUUUCAAGCAUGCAUUGGAAAAUCUAGCCAAAUGUUUCUCCAAUAUUUUCAUUGCAUCCAAACUGGAAGUAGUGGAUUAUGCCUAUAUCUCCAGGCUCCAGGCAGAUUUGAAUUGUUUGUCUGAUUUGUUUAAGUCUUCUGUUCCAUGGAAGUAUGUAAUUAAUUUGUGUGGCCAAGACUUUCCUCUGAGAUCAAACUUUGAGCUGGUAUCUGAACUUAAGAAAUUAAAUGGAGCAAACAUGUUGGAGACAGUCAAGCCAAGCAGCAGUAAACGAGAACGGUUUAUCUAUCACUACAAACUUCAGAAAAUGCCUUAUGAAUACACGAAGAUGCCUGUGAAAACAAAUAUCUCUAAGGAUCCACCACCCCAUAAUAUUGAAGUUUUUGUGGGCAGUGCCUAUUUUGUCUUGUGUCGUGCUUUUGUACAAUAUGUCCUUGAAAGCUCCCUUGCUUGGGAUUUUUUUGAAUGGUCAAAGGACACCUAUUCACCUGAUGAACAUUUCUGGGCAACCCUUGUUCGUGUCCCUGGAGCCCCUGGACACAUUUCAAGGGAAGCUCAGGAUAUCACGGAUCUUCAGAGUAAAACUCGUUUAGUGAAAUGGAACUACCUGGAGGACCGUCUCUAUCCUCCCUGUACUGGCAUGCAUCUUCGCAGUGUCUGCAUCUAUGGAGCUGCAGAACUGAGAUGGCUUAUCAGCUAUGGGCACUGGUUUGCCAAUAAAUUUGAUUCAAAAGUGGACCCCAUUUUAACAAAAUGUUUGGCAGAAAAGCUUGCAGAACAACAGAAGGAAUGGGUUGGUUUGUCUUCUGAAAAACACUUUAUCCACAGAACAUCUACAGAUGCCUCAUAAGCAUAUAAUAUACUCAUUGACUGGGUUUUGGGGUUUUUUUCAAAGUGAGGAUUUGCUGGAAUUCACUCACUGAGCAUUCAACUCUCUUGGUGAAAUUCAGCUAAAGGCAAGGUGUACAAGUUUAGCUAUCUCUUGCAGCAGAAACACGGGAAGUGAGAGACAACUUCCAGCAAUGAAACUCUAAAAAGAGAGAAAGGACCACAUAUAUUUUGACUUAACCCAGUGGUUUCCAGUCUUCUUAACUCUACAAAACAUACUCCACCUUCUAUCACCAGCAUUCCCAAACCCUCCAGCAGCACUGAUGAUUCUUGCAUAUAGACAAGUGCGUUCAAGGAUCUUUGGAUGGAGGCAUCAAACCAAAACUGGGAGGAGGAGGAAAAAGAAUGCUUGAAGCCCUUUUUAAAAUGAUGUGCGAGGGAAUGUCCUUACCACAAAAGCCAUUCUUCCAAAUCAGGUUAGGGUAAACCGGUAGCAUGCAGGAAUUGGAUUUUGACAUGUUCUCUCUCGGUGGGAUGUGUCCAUGCCAAACCUAGGCUAGUGGGGAGAAGAAAGCUCCACAUGCACACAAUCCUGUCCCUCCUUGGAGCUUCAUCAUGUGCCACCCCAUUACGUAAGGGCCAGCCUCAUACCACUGAGAACCACUGGCUUGGCUCAUGUAGGAUUCUACUCAGAAUUAUGCUUUAUCUACAUUACUACAUGAUUUGAAUCUACAUUAUCUUGGAUUUUAUAUAAUCAUUGAUGAAUUCUAUGCAAAGUUUAUUAACACUCCUUUCCCACUCUGCAUUGUGAUCUGAAUGCAAUAAGUAAUAUGUCGCACCUUUGACUGCCCCCUCAACUAUUUAUGGCACUCUUUCCUUCCAGAGUGGCUGAGUAGCUUUGGAAUGGAAUCAGCUUUUUAUGGUGCUGAUCUUUCUGCAGACAUAUUCUGAAGUAAAGGAUGGUUCAAAAAGUUGCACACACAGGCUGCGUUAUAGCAAAUUUUGGAAUUGCGGCAGUGGCGGCGAGACCCCUAUUAUCUGCAGCUCCUUGAACCAACAUAUAUGUCUACAUCAGUGUGCAUCUUCUCUGUGCAAUAGUAAGUCUCACUGAGGGCUCAUUCAAAUGUUUUAUUUUUUAUAGAUGAUCCAGUACUUGUAGCUGCUCAGUUUUGGGGGACAGAUAUCUUCUUUUCAGCUUGUGUCACCUUUGUGGGGAAGCUAGCCCUUGAGUUGUAAUUUGGCUUUCCCAGUUAAAAAUUAUUUCUCCUUGCCAGGACCACUUUUGCUAUGGAGGUCCUGCAUGUGAGAUGGUGUGCAAUGUUUGUGGGGAUGCAUUGGACAGUGCACAGUACAUCGCACAAUAACGAAGAGAAGCACACAGUUCUCCAAGGCAAGCCUGUGCAAAUCUUGUGAGGGGUCUUAAGAGUGUGUUUUAUUCUAUUCUUUAUUUUAAAAGUUCUUCCCAGAAAUGCUUUACUGCUCUUUCAUGUGAAUGUUCAUAUAGUUAUUUUAGUAGCAGGGGAGUGAUGUGCUUGAGGUUUUCUUCUCUACAUGCUUUUCCUUGGAAAGAUAGGCGUUCCUUCUAAUUUUCUCUGCUUUCUAUUUACUUGAUAAAAAUAUCCUUCCUUCACCAAAGCUACCUCUUCCUGUAUUAUGUUUGUCUGGUCUUAUGAAAUAGGCACAGGGCCAAGUCUGGAAGCAGCAUGGCUUUACGGCUGAAGUCAUUUUGUGUGUCUGUGGUUCCCUGUGUUUGUGGCCUACUUACAGAUCUUCUAUUCCAUUUUAAAAGAAAAAGAAAACAAGCAUAGGAAUUAAGACAAAUGUGUACAAUCUGUGUUUCCUCAAGAUUAAAAAAAAGUAUACUGAAUAAAUAUAAGGGAAAGCA